AUGUCCUCAAGACUUGCUGCCCACAACCUCCUCCUGACCACAUCCCGCACCUGCGCCCCCCUGGCCAGCAUCGUCCGCUCCUCGCGGCCCUUCUCAUCCCGGCCCAAAGCCAGUAGCAUGCGCGACCCAGCCGUGCACAUGCCCGUCGCUCCCGCUCCCGCCACCGAAUCCCAAGUCCCCGCCGAAAACCUCGAGACCAGCCCUCCCGAGCCCAAGAAAUCGCUAAUGCAGCCAGACAAGCACGAUUACUUCACCGAAGCGGCGUGGCCGCAUCCGAUAUACACGCGCGCCGAGAUGGAGGCGAUUGCGUUUGCGCACCGGAACGCGACGACGUGGUCGGAUAAGGUCGCGCUGCUGACGAUGAGGACGCUUAGGCAUUGCUUUGAUUUCGCGACGGGGUAUCAUCAUCCGAAACCCGGGCGCGAAAAUGAUCCUGCGGUCGCGAUGACGGAGAGGAAGUGGCUAAUUCGCAUUGUCUUUCUCGAGAGUAUCGCCGGCGUACCUGGAAUGGUCGCUGGCAUGGUCCGCCAUCUGCACUCCCUGCGCGCGCUCAGAAGAGACCGCGCGUGGAUCGAAAGUCUUCUCGAAGAAGCCUACAACGAGCGCGUCCACCUCCUCACGUUCCUCAAGAUCUACAACCCCGGCUGGUUCAUGCGCCUCAUGCUCCUCGGCGGCCAAGGCGUUUUCUUCAACCUCUUUUUCGCCGCAUACCUCGUUUCCCCACGCACCUGCCACCGCUUCGUCGGGUAUCUCGAAGAAGAAGCCGUGCUGACCUACACGCGCUGCAUCAAAGAUUACCGCGCAGGCAGACUUCCCGAGUUUGAAAAACUCGAGGUUCCAGAUAUCGCGAAGCAGUACUGGAAAAUGGGCGACGACUGCACGAUGGAAGACCUGCUGCUGUACAUCCGCGCCGACGAGGCAAAGCACCGCGAGGUCAACCACACGUUUGGGAAUCUCAAUCAGAAAACAGAUCGGAAUCCGUUCGCGCUCAAGGUCGAGAACGGGAAACCGCAGCCUAGUAAGGGGCUUUCGCCGAUGAAGCCGACGGGUUGGGAGCGCGACGAGAUCGCGGCGUGA